CCGGGUCGGGACGCCUGGCAACCGCCCGCGCGGCGGCCGGCCGCUGACGUCAGCUGGCAACCGGGCUCCGCCUGACGUCACGCCGGGGGGGUGGGCGGGGCCGAGCGGCGGCAGGGCGGCCGAUGAUUGGCCGAGCGGCGGCAGGGCGGCCGCCGAUUGGCCGAGCGGCGGCAGGGCGGCCGCUGAUUGGCCGAGCCGCUGCCCGCCCGCCCGUCCGUCGACGAAAUCAACAGGGCCCCGGGUUGGAGGCGAAGCGGCGACCGAGACCAGCGAGUGUGAGGGAGGGGGGGGCCCCCUCGGCGCCCAUGGCGCGGAUGCCCAGACUAAAAUGAGCGAUGAAGCCAGCCAAGAAGCAGAGCGGCCCUGUGAGCAACAGGUCCCCCAUCACUGGGCGCCUGCGCGCCGCCAAGCGUCGGCACGGCGAGGAGGGAGGGGAGCCGGCGGCGGGCAGCGGCCCCGGGGCCGCCCCUGGCACCAGGCGGGCUCAGGCCAAGGCUGAGGGCAGGCCCAAGGCAGCCAGGGCCGGAGGAGGACCCGGAGGUGGAGGGGAGGAGGAGGAGGAAGGUGGGCGUGCGCCGGAGGGCGCCUCCAGCCGCAAGACGGCCACUUUCAAGAGCCGGGCGCCCCGGAAGAAGACGGUGGAGGAGCUGACCGGGACGGAGGAAGGGCGGGAAGACUCCAACGAAGGAGGAGCAGGAGGAGGAGGGGGAAGCAGUAGCAGCAGCGAGUCCUCGGCCCCUCCGCUCCCUCCCCAGCUCCCACACUCCCCCGAACCCCAGCCCCUUCCGGACCCCUGCCCCGCCCCCAGCUCCUCGGGCACAGAGACGGCCAGCGAGCACUCGGCCGGCGGGGAGGAAGAGGAGGAGGAAGAGGAGGAGGGGGAACAGAGGGAGGGGGCUGAGGAGGAGGAGGGGGAGGGGGAAGGGGGGGAGGGUUCCCUCCAGGGGCCCACCCCUUCCCUCCUCCGCCCCCAGCGGGUCCUGGCCCGGAGGAACGGGGCCUUCCGCCCGGCUCCCCUGCGCCACUGCGAGGCGGACAGGGGGGAUGCGGCCGUGCAGUUCGAUGGCGACCGCUCCCUCACCUACCUGGAGGGCGGGGACCCGCCCCCGGUGCCCGACCUCCCGCCCCCGGCCUCCGCCGUCCCCCCCGGCACCCGGGUCUGCGCCCGGCCCUCCCCCCACCUCCCUGCUUACCGCGAGGGGCUAGUGCUGGAGGUGGUCUCCUCCGGACCCUGCUCCCCCACCUACCGGGUCCUCUUUGACGGCUCCCAGGAACCCCGGGAGGCCUGGCUGGGUCUGUCCUCCCUGCGCCUGCUGCGGGGUGACCCCCCGCCGCCCCCGCCCGCCUCCCCCCGGGGACUCCGCCCCGCCCCCCAGCGCCGGCCAGGACAGCCCGAGCUGGUGAGCCCGAGCCCGAGCUGUGGGCCGUCCGAGAGGGGAGGAGGAGGGGGUGGAGGGCCCCCCUCGCCCUACCGUCCCCCGCCCCAGGAGGGGGUGCCUGACUCUCGGGGCUCGGCCUCCCGCUCCCGCACCCCGCUCUCCUCCCCCUCCACCCCCGCGCCUCCCCCUGCCCAGCACAAGUACAAGAAGGGCGAUGUGGUGUGCACGCCCAACGGCAUCCGCAAGAAGUUCAACGGCAAGCAGUGGCGCCGCCUCUGCUCGCGGGACGGCUGCAUGAAGGAGUCCCAGCGGCGGGGCUACUGCUCCCGCCACCUCUCCAUGCGCACCAAGGAGCUGGAGGGGGCCUCGGACGGCCGGGCCAGCAGCGGGCCACGGGAGGGCAGCUCCGAGUUCGACUGGGAUGAGACAUCCCGGGACAGUGAGGCCAGCAGCGCCCGCACCGACCCCCACCCCCGCCUGCCCGUCUCCGCUGCCUCCGACCUCUCCAGCUUCAACUCGGACGAGUGCGAGGCGGCCAACAUGCUGGUGUCGCUGGGCAGCUCGCGCUCCGGCACGCCGGGCUUCUCGCCCGUCUCCAACCAGUCGCCCUUCUCGCCCGCCCCCUCGCCCUCGCCCUCGCCCCUCUUCGGCUUCCGGCCGGCCAGCUUCAGCCCCAUCACCGCCUCGCCAGUGGUCCAGCGGGUGUCCUGCCCGCCCUCCUCCUGCUGUGCCUCCUCCUCCUCCUCCUCCUCCUCCUCGGGGCCCCCCUCCUCCUCGCGCCGGCGCCACGCCAGCACGCCCAAGGUGGGGCUGGUGCUGAGCCCUGAGGGCGCACCGCCUCACCAGCCCCACCACCACCGGCAGUCUGCGGGCAUCCAGCCCACCUUCCAGACCAGCCUGACCUUCACCGUCCCCGUCAGCCCCGGCAAGGGCAAGCACAAGGCUGAGUGGCCGCACGCGGCCCCCCCGCCUUCCUCCUCCUGCGACCCCCCCACCACCGCCGGCCAGCCCUCCCCCCGGCUGUUGCUCACCCCCCCGCCCUCCGCCCUCACCUCUGACCCCCUCUCCGCCAGCCCCAGUGUGCGCCGGGUCACCCCCGCCCAGCGCGACUCGCCCGUCAUCGUCCGCAACCCCGAGGUCCCGCUGCCCACCCGCUUCACCGAGAGGCCACUGGGGGCCGCCGAGGCACCCGGGGCCCGGGGGGCGAAGGGGGCCGACAGGGAGCGCGGUGGCGGGGGUGGUGGGGGGGGACGCCACCCGCCGUACCGCCACCCGGCUGGCGUCUGCGGCAAGGCGCCGCUCCAGGCCCCCGUGCCCAUCAACGCCAACCGCAUCCAGGGCAUGGUGCGGGGGGGGCCCCCGCCGGGACAGCCCGCCCCAGUCCUGGGGGCGCCCGCCGCCCUCGCCCCCUCCCGCCAGGAGCCCCCCUUCCAGCCCCUGGCCUUCCACCCCUCACCCGCUGCCCUCCUGCCCGUCAUCGUGCCCUCCCAGGACGGGGAGUUCAGCCACCCUGCACCCAAGAAGGAGAUCAUCAUGGCACGCCCGGGGACAGUGUGGACCAACGUGGAGCCCCGCUCAGUGCCUGUCUUCCCCUGGCACUCCCUGGUCCCCUUCCUGGCUCCCAGCCAACCUGACUCAUCCGUGCAGCCCACCGAGGCCCAGCAGCCCACCUGUCAGGCCGGCUCGUCCAAUCAGGUGAAAGAGCCCCUCCAGUCGGCACAGCAAGCGUGCGUCCCAGCGGAGACGCCGCGGGAGCCAGAGAGACGGGAGGAGGCGGGCAGCCCCCAUCCCCGGGGCUCGGCCGACGCACCCCGGCCCCACCCGCAGGGGGAUGAGAUGCAGGGGCUGCCGAACCCGAGGGGAGACAGCGAGACGGAGAGCGACCAAGAUGAAGCGUUUCUGCCCAGCACCGGUGUGGACACCGUCUGCCUCCCACCCGAGAAGCGCCGGACCAAGUCGCUCAGCGCGCUGCCCAAGGAGCGGGACUCGUCCUCCGAGAAAGAGGGUCGCAGCCCGCACAAGCGGGAGAAGGACCACAUCCGGCGACCGAUGAACGCCUUCAUGAUCUUCAGCAAGCGUCACCGUGCACUGGUUCACCAGCGGCACCCCAACCAGGACAACCGGACCGUCAGCAAGAUCCUGGGCGAGUGGUGGUAUGCCCUGGGACCGAAGGAGAAACAGAAAUACCAUGACCUGGCCUUCCAGGUUAAGGAGGCUCACUUCAAAGCCCACCCCGACUGGAAGUGGUGCAACAAAGACCGCAAGAAGUCGAGCUCCGAUGUGAAGACUGCCCUCGGGGGUCCCGGGACCCUGAGGUGCAAGGAGCCUCGGGAACGCAGCAUGUCGGAAACCGGUGCGCUCUCUGCCACGCCAGUGUCGUCCGAGCUGACGUCAGACUGCCACGACCCAGCAGGCGCAGACUCAAAGCCCAUCUCCCUGCUGAUGAGCCCCGAGGGCAGCCAGCACCCUGGGGUGGGGAGCACCCAGCUGACCCGGCCCCGAGCCUUCUCCCACAGCGGCGCCCACAGCUCGGAGAAGUGCGAGAGGAACAGCGAGGCGUUGGUGGAGUUGGCACAGAUGUGCGUCAGCCCGCUGCCCUACACGGGGACCCGAAGCCAGCACUCGACUCCUGGACCUGGUGGCUUCAGCCCCCACCCAGCCGGUGAGGCCGCCUCCUCCAGCUGCCCCCCGCGGCCCUUCCGCUCCCAGCGAGCGGCCAGCGAGGACAUGACCAGCGACGAGGAGAGGAUGGUCAUCUGCGAGGAGGAGGGGGACGACGAUGUGAUGGAGGAGGCGUUUCCUGGGGACAUCGACCUCAAGUGCAAGGAGAGGGUGACGGACAGUGACAGCGAGGGGAUGUCCGCCGACGACAGCGAGGUCAAGGCAUUCCGGGCGUCUCCGCAGCCGGCGACCCAGGCGACGAUUCGCGGCGAGCACCCCGAGGCAUCACCGGCUCCCCCCUCCUCCUUCUCCCAGGGCAGGGACCCCCGGGGGCACAGCCUCUUCCAGCUGUCGACCUCCCCCUCCCACCGGGCCCCCUCGCCCCCGGAGCGUGGCGGGGGUGCCCAGAGCCCAGCCUGGGCCCCCACCCGGCGGGCAGAUGGCCGGACCCCCAGGAAGGAGGGGGAGGGCGGGCGCCCCUUCCCCCAUGGACAGUCGGUCAUCGCGCCCCCGGGGUCCGAGAGGAUCCGCUGCCCCAAGGCCGGGGGAGCAGGGGGCAGCACCGUGUCAGUCACCAACGUGCUGAGGUCAGUCAGCAGCGCCCCCCACCCCUCGGGACACCGUCCCCUCCCCCCGGAGCCCACCGCCUGCUCCCCCCUGGGUGCAGGUCCGCCCUAUGCCCCGGAGAAGAGGCCCCUGGCCCCCUCCAGGCCCCUGCUGACGGCCAACCUGGUGGUGGGAGCCCAGGCCCAGCGGGGGUGCCCUCCGCUCCCAGCCCCUGCCCCCUCCCUGCAGCUGGUGACCCAGGGUCCGGCUGGGGGCCAGAACGGGACCCUGCCCCUGGGCAUCCUCCAGCCCCACCCGCUGAAGGGGGGAGCUGUGGCCCAGCUACAGUACAUCUUGCCCCAGCAGCUGGGGGCGGGGGCAGGGCAGGGGGGCCGCUCCCCCCUCCCUGCCGGUGGGGCCAACCUCCACUUCGCCCUGCCCCCCGGCAACGGGAAGCUGCUGGCCUCGGCACCCCCCCCACAGGGCGUCUCCAUCAUACAGCCCACGCCCGUCGGGAGCGGCGGAGGAGGCACCCCGAAAGCUCAGUCGAUGUCCCCGGUGCCUGUGCUCUCGCCCAUCAGUGCUGGCCAGGUGGUGCAGCCCUCCGGCCUCCUCCCUCCCCCCGGGCCCGUCCAGGGCAAAGUGCUGGUGGCCGUGCCCUCCCCGCAAGUGACGGUGCGGGGGACGGUGGCGGGGUCCGUGCACGUGGCGACGCCGCCCAUCACGCUGCAGAACGGUGGGCAGCAGGGCAGCAAGAUUAUACAGAUAGCUCCGAUUCCUGUGGUACAGCCACAGAUCACGUCACAGACCCCGGUGCCACAGCCGGUCAGCUCGGUGGCCCACACCAGCUACACUGCCGCACCCACAGCAGUCAUGGCCGCCGGCAGCCACCCACAGAAGAUGCUGCUGCCGACUUCAACCAGGAUCGCCUACAUUCCGUCCAGUGUGGGGGUGCAGCCCGCCAUCCCCCUGGUGACCUCCGUCCCUUCCGUCCACACCACCCCCACCAGCACCUACCGGCAGCCCCACGUCGCGCUGGGAUUCACUGCCAUCGGUCCCGACGGAUGUACCUUACUGCAGCCACUGCUCGCAGGACAGCCUCCAGUUCUGACCACCGGACCCAUCCCCGCCGCGCAGCCUCCGGUCGCCGCUGCCCCGGUGAAGCCCGUCGCUGCGGCCGUCUCCUCCUCGGCCCCCGCCGCCGGUGCCCCCUCGCUGCCAGCCGCCAUCCUGCCCAAGGCGGCAGGGGUGGGGGCGGCCUCCUCCUCGUCCGCCCCGCUGGGUCCAGGGUGCCAGCACGCGGUCCUGGCACCAGCCUCCUCGCAGGGACCAGCGGCCACCUCCCUCCACACCGGGCUGGCGCCUUCGGCGCAAGGGAACCUGGCCUUCAGCCUGAGACCGCAGCCCCCGCAGAAGCAGCAGCCGCCGCUGCCAGUCAAGGCGAAGCCCAGCCUUCCCCCGGGCACGCACGAGCCCCCCGCCUCCGGGCGGGCAGGAGGGAGGCAGCAGGGUCCGGGCGGGGCAGCAGCAGAGCAAGAGGAGGAGAGGCCGGACACGCCAGGGGCGGAAGAGGGGGUAACUCCCCACCACAACCCCCCCGAGGACAGGGGGGGUGCCCGGCAGCCCCCGGGGCCGGCCUGCGAGGAGGCGGGGGCCACGAGGGAGGCUCCCCCUCAGCACCAGGGCACCCCCAAGGAGGACCGAGCCCCGAGAGAGGGCUGCCUGCAGGCCGGCAGCUCCGGGGAGCCGGGGGCGGGGGUCCCGGCGAAGGGCGGAGGAAGUCCCACCGCUUACAGCAGCAAGUCCACCAACACUGACGUCGUGGUCAAGAAGGAGCCCGCAGUGAAGUACCCAGGAAGCAGCGAGUGGCGGGCCUCGCUGGCGGACAGCCGAACGGAGGCACCCGGCACCUCCCAGCUGCCGGCUGCUCCCGGUGACCCCGGCAAACCCUCAGCCACCCCCUGUGCCUCCGACGCCACCGACAAGAAGGAGCCGCCCAAGAAAGUGAAGGUCCGGCCGCCGCCCCUGAAGAAGACGUUUGACUCAGUGGACAAGGUCCUAUCGGAGGUGGACUUCGAGGAGCGUUUUGCGGAGCUGCCUGAGUUCAGGCCGGAGGAGGUGUUGCCCUCGCCGACCUUGCAGGCCCUCACCACCUCCCCCCGCACCAUCCUCAGCAGUUACCGCAAGAAGCGCAAGAACUCUACAGAGUGA